ACUACUUGCGGUCACACAAAUUUACCCAUAACCUUCAUUUAUUCUUGUACUUAGUUUAGGAAAAUUUCACUAUUAAUUCUAAAAAAGUUGUGCCUGCCCAUAACCUUGGUGCACACGUGCCAAAUGCAGGUAUCUGUAUGUACAUAUGUAAGCGAUCUAUUGUUUUAUGCGGUUUUUUCGGUAGCCCCUCAUUAAGGUCAGAUAAAGGGAACAAAGGAAUUAGCGAUCAUAAGCAUUUGAAAUUUUAAUUGAUGCAGGGAUUACCGCGAACCUUGAAGUGUAUUUAUGGAAAAUAAAAAUAUGCUACUACAAGCCAUUCAACCAGGAAUUUCAGCAGGGAAAUUUCGAAUAUAAAGGGCUUUCCGGGCUCAACAUAUAAUAGACAGUAAACAGACGUUGAAGUAGAUAUUUACAAAGGUUUUGGAGUUUCCUCAUACCUACGGACAUACGCAGGAAGCAGUAUUAAAUUAGAGUUCGAGAGAAACAGUUGUUGAUGUGAGAACAUUUUUUAAAGUGAUCGUAAAUUAUUUUUUUAUUUUAUAUAAACUCAAUUAUUGCUCAAUAUUUACGCUUUAGUGUUAAUAAUAAUUAAUUAAAGUGGUUUCAUCCUUAAUAAAGUGGAAUAUAUUAACAAAAUAUAUAUUGCAAUGCCACCUUUGAUGAUAUUUCGCGAUGACACCUUUGGAUUCUUCACCUUAUGCAAAACAAUGUUUAGUUUGCGAUUUUUUGACAAGUUACUCAUUUUGAGUUUGCUUUUUAACUUAAUUGCGGCUUUUGGAAAACCACAGAUGUUCCAGUACUACCGUAGCACCAAGUACACAGAUUCGCGGCGUGCUGGCAGGAAAAUGUUCGAAAAAAUCCCUAAUGGCAUGAAUAUCUUUGAGAUGAAGCCACCUCCGCCAAAGCGUGAAACCAAUCUUCCUAACCCCUAUUAUUAUAAUGUGUCUAAGAGCGCUAAUACGCCGGUCACAGUAACGACCAGUAAACCACUGACUACACCACAAUCAAUUCCUUUUGUGGAUUCUGACACUUACCGCUUAUUUAGUAAUAUUAAAAAUGAGAUCGGCGUUACGGUGGCGCGGCCGGAGGGCUCUUUUUGUCGUCGUAGCUUUGAUGGCAGAGCCGGUUACUGCGUUUUGGCUUAUCAGUGCAUACAUGCCGUUAACAACUAUCGUGUGCAUCGCUCCAAAUUAGAUGUGUGUUCAUAUCGUCAAAGUAUACCGAUAAUCUGUUGUCCGUUGUUUGUCAAGCAUGUGGAGGCCAAAAGCCCCAGCGCAAGAAAAUGCGAGCAGUAUAAUGACAUUAUCGAAGGUGUGAAAUUCGAUUUGCCGCACAAGUUUUCUGGGAAAACCUGUGUACCAAGUUUGCCGUUGAUUGUAGGCGGCGAGGUCACCAAUGAAGCUGAAUAUCCGCAUAUGGCCGCAUUGGGUUGGUCUCAAGUAAGCGAGGAUAUAAGAUGGGGUUGUGGUGGCACACUAAUAAGCGAGUGGUAUGUUCUCACUGCCGCACAUUGUGCAACCUCAAACGCGAAGCCUCCUGAUGUGGUCCGUCUAGGUGCAUCUAAUCUAAAUGAAAUCUCAACCGAAAUACAAGAUAUUAAAGUGGCUGUUAUUAUAUUGCAUCCGAAAUAUAAAUCAUUCUCUCACUAUCAUGAUAUAGCGCUGAUAAAAUUGGAGAGUAGUGUGAAAAUAUCUUCGAAAGUGCAUCCAGGUUGUCUUUGGCAAUUGCCUCAUAUAAAUAUACCGACUAUGAUUGCUACUGGUUGGGGACGCACCGCAUUUCGUGGCUCUCGUUCCGAUAAGCUACAAAAGGUGGAGUUGAGCAUGAUUGACCAAAAUGUGUGCAGAAGAAUAUAUAAUAAGGAACGUCGUUUGCCAAACGGUAUUACGGAUGAGCAGUUUUGUGUCGGUGAUAUGGCUGGAGGGAAGGAUACAUGUCAAGGUGAUUCCGGUGGUCCUCUGCACGCUGAAUUGCCGGAAUUGAGAUGUGUGAAGUUUAUUGUUGGCGUUACAUCGUUUGGCAAAUUUUGCGCCAAACCCAAUGCACCGGGUGUUUACACGAAAGUUUAUCCAUACUUGAAAUGGAUCGAAAGCAUUGCAUUUAAGGAAAACUAAAUCCUGUUAAGAACUGGUUAAAGCUGACUUAGCACUUCAAUUAUUGCUUUAUUUAUUAAAAACAUUUAUUUAAUUUUUAACAUAUACAUAUAUGUACUUCUUGUCUGUGUGCAAUAAAAUUUGUUAAUUUUA